AUGGUUGAUUCAGAGAACACAGAAAAGCCCUCCCUGCACCAAUUCGAGGAUACAUCCCUUCAGCAUUCCCCGUACAGCACUGACCUCAAGCAAGAUGGGCUAAUCGUAGAUGCGGAAGCUUCUAGCCUUGGCCCACCGACCUUUGAGGGAGUUGACGAAAAUGCCGUUCUCCGGAAGAUGGACAUUCGUCUGAUUCCCAUGCUGAGCAUGCUAUAUCUAUUGGCCUUCUUAGACCGUGGGAAUAUCGGCAAUGCAAAGAUCGAGGGGCUUGUUGACGAUCUCAAUAUGACGGGACCGCAAUACAAUUGGACUUUGACCGUCUUCUUCUUUACCUACUGCGUCUUUGAACUGCCGAGCAACCUGCUUCUGAAGAAGUUACGACCCUCCAGAUGGCUUCCCUUGAUCAUGAUUGCUUGGGGCAUUGUUAUGACCCUAAUGGGAGUUGUCAACAAUUACGGUGGAUUGCUCGCAACUCGUCUGUGCCUAGGUGUUGCAGAAGCUGGCCUGUACCCUGGUGUGGCAUACUACAUUACACUCUGGUACCCACGUCAUCGGGCACAAUUCAGACAGGCUCUCUUCUUUAGCGCCGCCAGUGUUGCCGGUGCAUUCUCUGGACUUCUUGCGUAUGGUAUCGCUAAAAUGGACGGCGUAGGUGGAUAUGCUGGCUGGCGAUGGAUUUUCAUUCUCGAAGGCCUUCUUACUGUUCUUGUGGCACUGGUAGCCCCAUUUGCGAUUCACGAUUCCCCAGAGACUGCCUCCUUUUUAACCGAGGAAGAGCGUCGCUUUGUGAUCCACAGUUUGCGGAUUCAAAACUCGGUAGACUCGCGCGAAAUUGAUCAAACGAAUGAUAAGUUUGAGAUGCGCUAUGUCAUCGAGGCUUUCACCGACUGGCAGAUGUGGCUGGGUCUAUUCAUGUACUGGGGCAUCACCUGCCCGUUAUACGGCAUUUCCCUUUUCCUUCCUUCCAUCAUCAAGGACUUAGGCUACAAGUCCUCGACUGCGCAACUCCUUACUGUACCCAUUUAUAUCACUGCAGCAGUUGUAGCUGUCAUUGCAGCGUGGGUAUCAGACAGACGCAAGGAGCGAUCGCCGUUCAUUCUCUUUUUCAUGGGCAUGAUUGGCGUCGGCUUUAUUAUCUGUCUUGCAUCUACUGGUCGUGGAGUUCCAGGUGUCAUGUACUUUGGUAUCUUCGUAGCGGUCGUCGGAAUCUACCCAGCAUUCCCCGGAAAUGUCACAUGGCUCAGUGUCAAUAUGGCAGGUGACUACAAGCGAGCCGCCGGCAUGGCGAUUUACAUUGGGCUAGGAAAUCUGGCAGGAGCUAUGUCCUCGAACUUCUACCGUGCUCAAGAUGCACCGAAAUAUAUCCUUGGCCACUCCCUUGAACUUGCCUUCGUUGUUGUGGGAAUGAUAGCGACUGUUAUUCUUCGUAUGACGUACCAGCGUAUUAACCGCAAGCGGGAUGCUAUGGAUCCUUCGGAGUAUCCUGAGAAUCCCGACUCACUGGGCGACCGCUCUCCUUUAUUCAGAUAUAUGCUUUGA